AUGGUACAGAAAUAUUUAAAGCCGCAUAAAAAAUUUAUAUCACGAACUUUAAUAAAAAAUAUACUUAAUUUACAAAAUAAAGAAUUCGAUGAAUUGGUUACACUGUUGGGUGUAGUCCCUUAUGUCCCAAAGGAGAAACAGAAAGUUGAUCGUAUUCAAGAUUAUUUUUACAGAAUGACUGAUUUUGAAAAAAUAAAAAACUCGGAAAUUUUAAAAAUAUUUAAAUCGAAUAAAAGAAAAUUGGCAAAAAAAGAAAAAUAUGAAAAACGAGGUUUAUUGAUUCGUGCAAAUAAAAUACACGAAGAAGAAUACAAUUAUAUAGAUCUUAUAAAAGAUCGAUAUAGUUCAUUUGGCAAAGCAGUCGAUGAAUUAAGUUCAUCUUUGUCGGGAUUAUGUUUAUCAACUAAACUUUCUAUGGAUUCAGAAAUAAAUAACAUUUUAAAUGAUUUCAAAGAAUUUGUAGUUUGUAAUAGAUUAUUAACUAAAAGUUUUAUGUCUAGUAAGGGAAUUUACUAUGAAAUUACUAUUCAAAAUUUAAAGGUUGUAUGGUUAAAUCCUUAUAAUGGGCUAAAUCUUGAAGAAAUUAUUGAAAUAAAAAAAGAUGAGCCUGUACCAUUUAAAUGGAGUGAACCCAACUUUCUUGAUUUUGCAUCUGAAGAAGAAGAAGAAUCUGAAGGAGAAGAAGAAUUUGUUAAAUCUGACAAAUUAGAUGUAUCUUUUCUUUCCUAUGCCAUUCCUUUACAAAAAUAUCAUUUAAAGUUAGUUUUACAUAAAUUAAAGAACAUGGAUAUUAAAAGAAAUAAUAAUAUUUUUGAAGGAUUGAAAUUUUCUAUAUUUUGCUCUAAUCUUGAAGAAGAUUUAUCUUUUGUAAUUCGAUCGUGUUCUGGUUUAGUUGUUAAUGAUUCAUCUUAUGAUAUUUGUUUGGGUGAAAAUUUUGAAGACAUUUUAGAAAACAAAAUAUAUUGUCAUCCACAAUUUAUUUUUGAUUCUUUAAACGAAGGUACUAAACUUGAUAUUAACUUGUAUCUUGUAGGUAAAAGGAUUCCAAGUCAUGUAUCACCAUUUAAAGUUAAUAAUUACAUUAAUCCAGAUUUAUUACUUUCUUUAUCUAAAAAUAAAAGAAAUAAACUGCAAGAUAUAAUUGAUGGAUUUGAGGAUGUACACUACAAAGAAAAAAAAUAA